CUGGCCAAGAACCGCUCUUCAAGGCAGUCAGCCCUGUUUGCUGUUGUCGUUCUGUCAUGGCCGUUCUGUUCUAGAUCGAGUUGCAACUUAUUCGAGUACUAUUUGAAUUCUGAGUUUAGGAAACGCGUGUUCGUGCCAAAACUAAGUUACGAAUCCGAAAAAUAAAAGCAUAAAAAUAGAAGAGUUUCGCCUGACAUAAUGUCGAUGGGGAGCAGUGUCCCACGACUGCAUUUACGGGAGGACGACGUGGUCCGCCUCGUCCUGGAAUUCAUCGGCAGUCGGCAAUUUCACAUCAGCCAGUUGAGUCUGGAACGAGAAACGGGAGUGAUCAAUGGCGUUUUUUCUGAUGAUGUCCUGUUUUUGCGCCAACUCAUCCUGGACGGACAAUGGGAUGACGUCACAGAAUUCAUUCAGCCGCUGGAAAGUCUGGCCACGUUUGACGCCCGUACCUUUCACUACCUUAUACUUCGUCAAAAAUACAUCGAGCUACUUUGCAUCAAAUCCGAAGCAGGGCUGAUUGCCAAUGUCGAUGCCGCAGUCGAGGAAGUGGUGAAAGUACUCAGCGACUUGGAGAAACUUUGUCCAUCGAGAGAAGUUUACAACCACCUAUGUCUCCUACUGACCUUGCCCAAAUUGAUCGAUCACGCCGACUACCACGAUUGGAACCCAUCCAGCGCUCGGGUUCGUUGCUUCCAGGACAUACACCCGUUGGUCGAAAAGUUUUUGCCUUACGAGAAACCGGCAAAAGACGGACCUGCUUUGCAAGAAGCCACGAACGAUCGGUUGAUCCAUCUCCUUAUCAAAGGUCUGUUAUACGAGUCGUGUGUGGAAUUCUGUCAGCGUCGGGCCUUAUCUGGUAGCGCCAAAGAGCGAUCACCUCCUCAAUUGCGAUUUGGUUCUCUUUUGAGUUCCACUAAGAAGUUCCAUGACUCGGAUUUGAGUCUAUUAUCUUGGCUGCAGAGCAUCCCCGCGCAAACAUUCGCUCAUCCAUUUGAGCAGCGGACCUUGGAUGUGGACGUGGAGAGACUGGAUAAACCAACCCUGGAAACGUCAUGGACCGAGCACAUGCUGGUUACACCCAUCAAGCCCAAACUUUUUCCCUACUCAGCCAUGCCUUUUGGAAGACCUCGUUCUGUUGAUCUCAUGUCUCGCUCCCUCAACCCUUCUUUGGACGGCUUACCUUUUGGCAGUGGGACGAUGUGGCGUUCCAGUCUGGCCAGCUUUCAUCUGACGGGCAAGAAAUCGAUGACCACAUCGGUGGAUCGGCUUUUCGAAAGCGACGAGAAAGGAUCAAAAAUUAUUCAACCGCCUAGUAUUAGUACAGUGAGCGAACUUGCCAAGGAACACAGCCCAUUUGAUGACGAAGAUAACAAACGAGUGAUCGCGUCGGACGUAUUGGAGAAGCCUCCACGGGCGGAACCUGCUAGUGGAGAUCUGUUGCGUGAAUUCCAGCGGUUAAAAUAUCCUCCGGGUACAACAUCCAAUAAGUUGGCAGCGCCGCCUCCUCAAGUCUUGUCUGAACUUACCAACGAACCCACCGACGAUAAGCCUCAAUUGUCGGGAAACCAGAAUGGGUCAGCGGCUUCCACAUCAGGUCCGACCUCAGGAUCGGGAUCGCUUGGAUCAGGACCGGUAUCUGCUUCGACCACAAUGCACGGUAGCGGCGGUGGUUUGUCGGGGAAACCUCGUUUCAUCGCCGUCACAUCAUUGGACGACGCUCAGGCCGUGCGCUGUGCGGAAUUCCAUCCAAGCGGCCGACUUUAUGCGGUCGGCUCCAAUUCAAAGACGUUGCGCAUCUGCUCCUAUCCAAAACUAUCGGAUCUGAGGGAUGACCAUGCUACGUGCCAGUCCACCGUUCUCUUCAAGCGUACCAAGCAUCAUAAAGGAUCGAUUUACUGCCUCGCCUGGAGCCCGGCUGGUGAUUUGAUCGCCACGGGGAGCAACGACAAAACGGUCAAGUUGAUGAGGUUCAAUGCCGACACGUGUAACAUGGAGGGACAAGAAAUCGAGUUGACGAUGCACGAUGGAACAGUCAGAGACGUUUGCUUUAUUGAGGAUAUGAGCAACAAAUCCAGUUUACUCGUUAGUGGAGGUGCUGGGGAUUGUAAAAUUUACGUCACAGAUUGCGUUACCGGAACACCUUUUCAAGCACUCAGUGGACAUUCAGGACAUGUGUUGUCUCUUUACACGUGGGGCGGUGCCAUGUUUAUUAGCGGUUCCCAGGACAAAACGGUACGAAUGUGGGAUCUGCGAACAAGGGGCUGUGUUAAUAUGAUCACGCCACUAACCACACCCAGCUCACCGGUUAACAAGGGUUCCCCCGUGGCGUCGGUUGCUGUCGAUCCGUCUGGCCGUUUAAUGGUUUCCGGACAUGAGGAUGCUUCGUGCAUUCUUUACGAUAUCCGAGGGAAUAGGACUAUUCAGAGCUUUAAACCCCACGCCGCCGAUGUCCGUUCGGUUCGUUUCUCUCCUUCGGCUUACUACCUUUUGACAGGCGGCUACGACAACAAAUUGGUGCUGACAGAUCUGCAGGGUGAUUUAACGAUGUCCUUACCGAGCAUAGUCGUCGCCCAACAUCAGGAUAAGGUUAUCUCGGGCCGCUGGCAUCCCAACGAAUUUUCUUUCAUCAGUUCAAGCGCCGAUAAAACGAGUGCUUUAUGGGCCUUGCCUCCACUCUAGAUUAUAUUUUAUAACACACGGAUUGUUUGCUAUUGUACAAAUUGCAAAUGAGUGGGAAGACGAAAGAAUUCCCGUUCGUUGUUAAAGAUUAUGCGACGGGACAAAUAAUCUGUAACUGUUACCCAUACGCAUUGAUAUUUAAUCUUUGUUCUGCUUUAAAAAGUUUAACUUUUUGAAAUAGUAUAAAGAACAGCAAUCGCACUCGUGCUUCCAAUUUGUUGCAUUUUUUAUUACAUUGCAAAUUGGCUUAUUCCUUCCAUAUAUAUUCUAGAUUUUUUGACGCCUUAAGAAAACCUUAAUGUAAUAAGGACGAUCCUCUCUUUGUUGUACCCACGCACCCUCUUUGUUUCUUCAUUUUCAUUGGAUUAAAAUUCAUUACCGUCCGUAGAAUGUCGGCUGGGUUUUAAUAUAUAAUCCGUUGACAUGCAA